CUGCCUGCAUUUGCUGCUUUACGCUGGCGGGUUCAGCAUGUGAGCGCAGGAUGGCGGAGUCCUCGCACGAUGCUGCGCUCUUUGUGGAUGCGCACAGAGUGGAGCUGAUUGGGCGUGUGAGGAAGGUGUGGCCUAUCGCCAGCGCUCUGCUGCUGAAGGGCGUGGCUCGCAACCGCUGGCUGCUGCUGAUGAACUCCUCCUGCCAGGAGCAGAUGAGGGAGCUGUACCGCGACCUGGACGCGGGCGGCGAGGCGGUAAAAGCCACCUUCUACACCCUGCUGAAGGAGCACGAGCCCCGUCUGCUGCAGGAGCUGGAGUCCAGAGGAGAGCAGAGGGAGGACGAACUGAGGAAGGACAGAGGGAGGAAGCAGGAAGAGAAGAGAGAGGCAGAGACGGCAGCCGAGAGAGAGGAGAAGGCCAAACGGCGGGAAGAGGAGGCCAAACGGCGGGAAGAGGAGGUGGAGAACCAAAGAGCCGAAAUGGAGAGGAGGAGAGAAAGCCUGGAGCGAGAGAGGGAGGAGAUUCUGAGGGAGAGAGAGGAGCUGGAAAAGAUGAGAGAAGAGACACAGAGACAGAGAGAGGAACUGGAGAGGAGGAUGGAGGAAGAGAAACAGAAGAAAAGGGAGAAAUGUAAGCUUCCGCUGAAGAAGGUGUACAGCCUGGACAUACUCCCACCCAACAUAGGUGAGGAGCCCCUGCAGGUUGCCCCGCCGCCCCCCCGUGAGCCAGAGCUCCGGCUGCUGCUGCUGGGCCGCUCUGGGGCUGGGAAGAGCACCGUGGGGAACGCCAUGCUCCCCGGGGACGGGCCUGCACCCCCCACCCUCAUCAGCCAGAGGAGGAGAGGGAGCAUUGCCGGGAGACAGGUGUGCGUGGUGAACACUCCGGACUGGUUCCGCCCCGGCCUCUCUCCGGAGGAGAUGAGGAGAGACGUGGGCGUGUCGAUCAAGCUGUGUGCCCCAGGACCCCACGCCUUCCUGCUGCUCCUCCCCCUGCACCAGCCCGAGCAGGAGGGGAGGGACACUGUGCAGAAAAUGGUGGAGAUUUUUGGGGAGGGCUGUUUGGGACACACCUUGAUCCUUUUGACCCACAGGAAUGAACUGAGGGACGGGACCGUCAGGGAGCAUGUGCAGAACCAGGACCUCCGGGGGGUGCUGGAGAAGUGUGGAAACAGGCAUCAGCUCUUCCGCAUGGACAGACCUGACAUCACGCAGGUCACAGACCUGCUGGAGAAGAUCAAAGAGAUGGUGGCAGGGAACACAGAGGAAUUUUACAGCAGCGAGAUGUACCAGGAGGUCGAACUCCAGGUCAAAGAGUUGGAGGAAAAGAUCAAAAGAGAGAGAGAGGAGAGGAAAGAGAGGGAAGAGAGGGAGAUGAAGGAGAGGUAUGAGAGAGAGCUGCAGGAAUCUCUGAGGAAGAUGGAGGGAGUGAUCCAGGAACGAGAGGAAAAGAUUCGAACCCUGGAGGAGAGGAUAGAGGAGCUGGAGACAGAGCUGAGAGAAGAG